UAAAAUAAAUUAUUAACAUAUUUCAGGGAUCAUUAACAAUUGAAAUCGGCUAUUUAUAGAGACGACAAAGGACGUUUAGUGUAUAAUGCGAUUAACCUCUGAAGUAAACACACGUUGAGGAAAUGUGAAAGUGAUUGAGAGAAAGGUGGCAUAUACAUAUUCGGUGAAACAUCGGCGGGAAGGUAGUGAAGUCUACCUGAUCUGGUGGUACUGUUAUAUUAUCUCUAUCGCAACAGUGGAUUUUAGUAUUUUGUACUUGUGUAACUCAACGGAAAUAUCAGAGUGGUUCUUCAAGUGUACAGGCAUUUUUGUUGUUGAUCUGCACUGCAUAGUUCGGUUUCUAAGACAAUGAGCAAGGUUGUUGUCUACGUUCUCGACAAAAUUGUAUGGAUGUUACUAAUAACAGCUGUUACCACGCAAGCACUUCAAAUAGUUGGAGUUGUGGAUACACCUAAAGGCCUCGGUGACAUCGCUUACAAGCAGGACAAUGAAUACAAUUUUCAAGUACAAGUUGGUGGGAGCGACGUUCGAGGUAAAAGGCAAACAGAUCAAAGAUCUCGGUUUAUAGACAACUUAUUCAAUAAACAGUUUGGCCAGGGUGAAUACUUCUUCAGGAUAAAUCGGACGAAAGUUAUAACAGCGAUAAUGUAGGGAUCGAAUUCCGAUAUCGACAUUAAAUGCUGUGAAUAAUUUGGUUCAAAGUAGUAGGCCUGCUUUCCAAAGUUUGAGAGAUUUUGCUGCAAGAAAAUUAGAAAGAGCCAACCAAGCUGCCCAAAGUAAUAAUCAGCUACUAAGGCAGCAAAAAGUGCAAGCUGUUGAAGUGCUUAAUAAAGAAGAAACUGUAACAAAACAGUAGGUGUUAAAAUGGGUAUAUGACAUGAAAAUCAUGUACAAAGUUGAUGAGGAUAAACGAAAAUAUAGAGUUUGGGGUUUUGUACAUAUUUACGUAUUCACUUUUCUGACCUUGCCGUAGAAGAUUAACGUUAGGUUAGUAAAAAUAGUAAAUGAGGAAAGUUACUGUGGGUAAGAAGAUGUUGUAUUAUUACGUUUGUAUUUUUUCGUAGUAGGAGUAUGCAUAUGUACUGCAGUUUAAGUUUUUUCAAUGAAACUGUUUUCUUAGCCGAAAACUUUUUUUCACCGUAAUCCUGUUGUGUAGAUGAUUAUCAAAUCUAUUGUGUUUAAAAAUAAGACGAGAAAGUACUAAUUAAUGCUGACUUACAAUAGACGUGGUUUCAAGGAAGUGUAACCUAAGAACACAAAGUGAAAAAAAGUUGAACAGGACGGAAAACUAUUUACUGUUGCUUAUUUUUUUUAUAUUGUUUGAAUUUAUAUAGUUUGUUCUUAAAAUACAAUUUUUAUAUGUUUAACAUAUUCACAUAGUAUUUAUUCUAUGUGAGUGUGAUUAUUAAUUCGUUCUGUUUGCUCUACAAUUUUAGUUUUUAUAAAAAUUUACACAAUGCUUAUAGUUUACCGUAAGAUCUUGCCACAAUAUUAGUCUAAAGUAAUUUAGCAACAAAUGCAUGCUUUGAGCAUAUAUUCAUUGUUAUGACUAUGUUAUUGAUGUGAUAUAUUCUAUGUCUUACA